GACAAACCUGUUAUGAUAAUGGGAGCAGAUGUGAAUCAUGCUCCAGCCUCUGAUAAAAGUGGAACUCCCUCCAUAGCUGCAGUAGUGGGUUCACUGGACAGAUUUGCAUCCAGAUAUGCUGUUGAAGUCUGUCCCCAGACAUCACGAAAUGAAAUGAUUGAGAAUAUGAAAGAAAUGACACGAAGCCUUUUGUUGUCAUUUCAUGAUGCUACCCACGGUAAGAAGCCUCAGCGAAUUAUCAUUUACCGAGAUGGUGUAAGUGAAUCCCAGUUUUUAGAAGUUCUUGCUUAUGAACUAAGAGCAAUGCGUGAAGCUUGUACCACCUUGGAGAAGGGUUAUGAACCUGGCAUAACAUUCAUUGUAGUGCAGAAAAGGCACCACACCAGGUUCUUUCCAGUUAAUGAGAGAGACGGUGUUGGCAGGUGCAAAAAUGUCCCUCCAGGAACAGUGGUGGACACCGAAGUCACACACCCUACUGAUAUUGAUUUUUUCCUCUGCUCACAUGAGGGUAUAAAGGGUACUAGUAAGCCAACACAUUACCGUGUGCUUUGGGAUGAUAAUGACCUGUCCUUCAAUCAGUUGGAAGCUUUCUCUUAUGCCAUGUGUCACCUCUAUGCUCGUUGUGCCAGAUCAGUGUCAAUACCCACUCCUGCCUAUUAUGCUCAUUGGGCAGCAUAUAGGUAAGUUAUUUAUUUUACCACUGCUC